GAGGAUAGGAAGAGAGAGAAGCAGGAGUCAUGGCCAAAGUCGAGGAGAUCCGGCGAUCGCAGAGGGCAGAGGGGCCAGCGACGGUACUUGCCAUCGGCACCGCCAACCCGGCCAACGUCGUGUACCAGGCCGACUACCCUGACUACUACUUCCGCAUCACCAGGAGCAACCACCUCCCUGAGCUCAAACAGAAGUUUAAGAGAAUGUGUGACAAGACAAUGAUCCGUAAACGUUACAUGUUCCUCAACGAGGAGAUCCUGAAAGCGUACCCUAACAUCGGCGCGUACAUGGCACCGUCACUGGACGUCCGGCGGGACAUCAUGGCCGUGGAGGUGCCGAAGCUGGCCAUGCAGGCGGCAGUAAAGGCCAUCGAAGAGUGGGGGCACCCCAAGUCCAGGAUCACCCACCUGGUCUUCUGCACCACCGUCAGUUUCGACUUGCCCGGCCACGACUACCAGCUUGUCAAGCUCCUCGGACUCAACCUUUCCAUCAACCGCUUCACGUUGUCCCAGCAUGGCUGCUUCGCCGGCGGCACGGUGCUCCGCCUCGCCAAGGACAUAGCAGAGAACAACCGCGGCGCCCGGGUGCUCGUGGUCUGCUCCGAGCUCACCACAGUCACCUUCCGCGGGGCGGCGGAAACUCACCUCGACAACCUCGUCGGACAGGCCCUGUUCGGCGACGGCGCCGCCGCCGUCAUCAUCGGAGCUGACCCCGACCCGGCCACGGAGCGACCCCUCUUUCAGCUCGUCUCGGCCAGCCAGACCCUCCUCCCCGACUCCGACGGCGCCAUCGAGGGCCACCUCAAGGAGGUCGGCCUCACCUUCCAUCUGCUCAGGGACGUGCCCAGGAUCAUUGCCAAGAACAUCGAGCAGAAUCUCGUGGAGGCCUUCGAGCCGCUGGGGAUCAGCGACUGGAACUCCAUCUUCUGGAUCGCGCACCCCGGCGGACCCGCGAUCCUCGACGCGAUGGAGGCCAAGCUGGGGCUGGGGAAGGCAAAGCUGAAGGCGACGAGGCAGGUGAUGACCGAGUACGGGAACAUGUCCAGCGCCUGCGUGCUGUUCAUCCUCGACGAGAUGAGGAAGCGGUCGGCCGAGGACGGGAAGGCGACCACCGGCGAGGGGUUGGAGUGGGGGGUGCUCUACGGGUUCGGUCCCGGCCUCACAGUGGAGACCGUGGUCUUGCGCAGCGUCGCCAUUUCUUCCCGUUGAUAGCAGAAUGGCCAUCCUUUGAUACAAGCCUCACUUCGCCACUGUCAACUGGAUCGACUUGUUUAGUUGUGAUUCUAUUAUAGUAUGUAGUAAGAUAUAUGCGAGGCAAAACUUGUGAUGUAUUAAGGAAGACGUGCAUGCACGUCUUAAGAAAGUGCCGAAGAAUAAGACGGUGGCUCGUAUGUUUGUGGUAAUUAAUAUAUUUCAUCUUGUCGCUCUA